AUGGCAGAGAUCCAAUUAAGUAUUAUUGUUUAUGGUGAUGCUGAAAUUCUCGAAUCAACAGAAUUAUAUUGCCCUACUCCUAUGACUAUUGUCCAUGAUGUAUCAGUACUACUCCGUAAGAUCGACAGAAAUUUGCAGCUUCCUGAUUCAAGAGUAAAACGUUACUUUGUAUUACUUCUCGAAUCGAUCGGAAAAGAUGAGGACGAUUUCUAUGAAAAAAUAGAGGAGAAUCCUCAAGUAUUAUCAGUGUUUCGUCUUUGGAAUGAAAAUUUUAUACCUACACUCAAAAUCAGCAAGUUAUAUUAUAUAACACAGGAAUCGAUUGGUCUCGCCUUAACGUUCAGUACCAUUCAGUUUCUAAGAAAUGAAGCUGAAAAGCAAACCAAACUAGAUCAAAUCCCAUUGGCAAAGCUCUAUUUAAGAAAAGCAGAGAAGACCAAAGAUUGGAUUAUGUCAAACGUAAGAGCUGAACCAUGUCAUAUAUUAUUAAUACCUCUCAAUACCAAUGCUAGCCAUUUGACUAAUACUAUACAAAAUUUACAACAAUAUUGUACUAAACUCGGUUAUCCGGAAACCAUUAUUUGUUCACUCGAAGAUUAUAUCCCCACAAGUGAAAUAUAUCAUAAGUUACCUUAUGGAAAACUCUUAUUUGAAAAUGAAGAUCCAAGAAAAAUAUGUCGUUGGAUUCGAUAUUUAUCACCCAUACGUAUGUAUCUGUAUGGUAAUGAGCAGAUAAUACCUAGCGAAUGGAGUAAAUUAAUGAUUGCCAAUGAAAUUGAUCAUCGCGCUAAACUCAUUUUCAAUGAUGAUGAUUGGUGUACAUUUCUUGAAAAUGAAAUCAUUAAAGACGAUAUUAAAUGGAAUUUUUCUGCUAAACAUGGCCGCACAUGGAAAAUGACUCAGUUGAUGCCAAUUAAAUUAAAUAGUCUAUACGACAAUAUACGAUUUCGAUCUUCGCUCAGACGUGCUCAUAUUACUUAUUUUUCUCGAAUGUCGAUUGUUAGUACACAAAUCUUUGAUUGGUUUGAUGAAUGUUUAGAAAACGGUUUUAUAAGGAACGAGUUCAAACUAGCUAGAUUUGAUAAAGCCAGCACGGCGAUUAAUAGCAAAGACGGAGAAGAAUUUGAUGUUCGCCUAGUAAGAUACGAUAAUAUUGAAGAGACAAGUUUUUCGCCAACUGAUGAUAAUGAUAAAAAUCGUGCGAAAUAUAGCUUACCAUUUUCAUCGAAUCCAAACGAUGAACUAAUGAAUCAUUGUGCAAAUAAACUCGAUCUUACAUACGUGUGGCUUGAAGAUGAGCAUUAUUCGAUUGAAAAACGUUUUCUAUCGAUAAUUCAGCCUAAUCGAUGGAAUCAUUUGUCAAAUAUCAAUGAAUGUCAAUUAUUUAUUCAAAAAAAACGAUUACAAUAUAAUCAAAAAAUAUGUUUAGUUACAUCAAAUUAUUUAGCCAAGCGAUUAUUUACCUAUGAACAUGUAUCUAAUAUUUACGCAGCUUAUUUAUAUUUAAAUGAAAACGAUAUGUUGUCUAAUUGGAUUCAAGAUUUUCCAAUAAUACGAGGCAUCUACACACACUUAGAUUCACUUUUUCUACAAUUUAAUUGUGAUCUUACAACAAACAUUGAAUCAACACCUCCUGAACUACCACAAACAGUCAAUGAAGAUUCAUGGCCAGUAACGUUUUUAGAAACUGAUCAAGACGGAUUUAAACGGCAUCGAUAUUUAAUUGAAAUCGUACUUAAACUACCGCGUACAUUGGAAGCCAAACAAGAAAUGGUUGAUGAAUUACGUCGCGCAUCAGUUGAAAAUAACGUAACCUUCCAGCAGAUUAAUGAUUUUGAACAAAGCUAUCAUUCGAAUGCAGCUAUACAAUGGUAUACACGUGAUACGUUUCUCUGUCGUCUAUUAAAUCGAGCAUUACGUUGCGAAGAUGUUGAAUCCAUAAUAAAAUAUCGGUUUUUCAUUGCCGAUUUAUAUCAAAAUCUAGAGGAGUUGCAUCAACAAAUACUUAGUCUAUCUAAUUAUUCACAGCAGCCUAUAUCAACAUGUUAUCGAGGACAACAAAUGCCGUCGUCGGACAUCGAUCUAUAUAGGCAAAACGUUGGAAAAUUAAUAUCGGUCAAUACGUUUUUCUCUACGACAUUGUCAUUGGCCAUAGCAACUAUGUUUGCUGGUGAAUCGAAUCAUGAAAGUAUAACAUCGAAUAAACCGGUCAUAUUCAGUAUUGAAGUCGAUCCGCUCAUUGAAAAUAAACGACCUUAUGCUAAUAUCAAUUGCUUUUCUGCGUAUGAAGGAGAAGAUGAAGUCUUAUUUUCAAUUGGUUCAAUAUUUCGCAUAGAAAAAGUCGAUGUAUUAUCUGACAACGAUCAUAUUAUAGUGAUACACUUAAAAGUGGCCGAUGCAAAUCAACUGCCUCAAGAACUUGCAACGAGUGAUUUUUCAGAAUAUUUGCCCGAACAAACAAUUUUAAAUCCAGUUUAUGCUUGUAUUGGUUUAACAUCUUUAUUUGAAGCGAAUGAGCAAUGUGCUCGCAUAAAAUCGAUACUUGAGGAUGUGGAUGUUCAGUUUUUCGAUAAUAUUGUUGAUUUAGAACAUUAUGCGAAAGUGAUUAAACGAAUUCAGUCGUUUACCAUUUUUAUAGACGCUAAUUUAAACUGUCCGGAAGAGUCGCAACAGAGAAAGGUGCUAUCCUAUGCAGAGAAUGACACACAUUUUAAUGAUCUUAUUUAUCAACUACUAUCCGAGAUGCGAAGUAAUAAAAGAUCCAAAGAACAAGUUAAAGAUUUACUUGUAAAUAUAGCUGCGGUCUAUCAACUUCCAAGAAAUAGUUUCUACUACGUUCACCUCAUACUUUCAUCCACUUCGAAAAAGCAAUCUGAAGAAGAAUUCAAAAGAAAAUUUGCAGAAUCAUCAACCAUUACAACGUUCUAUCAGUUUAAAUCAUGCAUGUAUUUCCUUGAAUCUAUCAGUGAGCCACGUAAAAUCGGAAAUGCGACACUCAUCUUAGAAUCCGAUGAUGCUAACAUUGAUAGUCUACUCGAUCAACUUGAAAAGGUCACUGCUGUAAAACAUAUGUACAUAUGUUCAAAACAUGCUUCUGAUAUUCCAUAUCGGAGAAUUAUUCGUGGAAAAUUUUGUGAUGAAGCUGAUUUAUAUGCGCAACUUUUUUCCGACAAUCUCUCGAAAUCGUUUAUUCAAGCAAACGAGCAAAUCGAUGUGUAUAAGAACAAAAAUAAAGCCAAUCAAUAUUUCGAACAGAUGGAACAAUUCUACCAGCUUAUGAAGGAGUACCAAUGUCAAGAAAACAAUAUUCUCGAAUAA